AUGCCUGCGGCGCUGCACCGGUCACUGGCCGGCCACGGUCUGGACGAGGUGCUGGACUUGUUCGAGCAUGUCAACACCACCCACGUCCCGUCGAUCCUGUCUUCGCUGAGCGUGUUGGCCGGCACCAACCUAGCGGCCUCCCACCGCGACGGUAUUGUCAACUUCCGCCUAUGCGACUAUCACCCAGACACCGCGGCCCGUGACUGCGCCAACGGCUGCGGCGCGCACACCGACUACGGCACCUUCAGCAUCAUCUUCCAGGACGGCCCACAGGGACUCGAGGUGGAAGACGAGGUGUCCGGCACCUGGAUGCCCGUGCUUGGCGACGCCACUAUCGUCCUGACUGGCUGCUGCGCUCUCAUCCUCGGCGGCGGUCGCAUCAGGGCGGCUCGGCAUCGCGUGCGUCGCGCCCCAGGCGUCCGUCGUCUCAGCGCCGUCCUCUUUGUAGCACCUGUUACCGCGACAAAGCUGCAGGCGCUGCCGGGGAUUCAACCGAUCCGGCCCUUCUCGCGCGAGAUCAUGCAGUUCCACAAGAACGUCGGGUGA